AUGCCAAAGCAAAAGCAAAGGAAAUCCAGAAAACGAAGUAGAAGAGAACCUUCCUCGUCUUCAACAACCAGUAGUUCUUCCGGCAGUUCUAGCAAUAGUACUCAGAUGCAACAUGUAGACGCACUUAGCCGAAACUUUAAUGAAUCUCAAAACAAAGCACAAGUCCUACUCAUCCAAGAAGAUGACUAUCUCAGGGAAGCACAGGAUCAAGAUGAAUCCAUAGUGGAAAUUAAAAAUAUUCUUUUAAGUGGGGAUGUUCAGAGUCACAAAGAUGUUUUUAAUAAUUACGAUUUAAGGGGGAACAAAGUCUAUAAGUUAACACCUUAUGGGAGAAGAUGGGUAGUCCCAAAGAAGUGUAGAUGGCAAAUCGUCAAAGCAAACCAUGACGAUAUAGGUCAUUUUGCGGUUGAUAAAACGUUAGAGAAAAUUAAGCAACGGUAUUGGUUUCCCAGAAUGAGGCAUUUCAUAACAAAAUACAUAAAUGCAUGUUUACCUUGUUUAUAUCAUAAAGAUAAAGGGGGCAAAAGACCCGGGUACCUUCACUCCAUCCCAAAGUAUGCUAGACCACACCACACACUACAUAUAGAUCAUUUAGGACCUUUUGUGAACACAAAACAGGGAAACAAGUAUUUAAUAGUUGUUGUUGAUGGCUUUUCGAAAUUUGUGUAUUUAAAAGCAGUUCCUGAUACAUCUGCAAAAUACGUAAUUCAAAUGUUAACUGAAAUGUUCGCGAUGCUCGGUAACCCAAGACGACUCAUCACGGAUCUUGGAUCUGCGUUUACUUCAAAGGCCUUCGAGGAAUUUGUUGCUGCAAGAGGGAUACGGUUAUUUACAACAGCUGUUGGUCUCCCAAGAGGCAAUGACGUUCGGGACGAACGUGACGUCAGGAUGGCCGUGCAGUCCCACUCUAUGUCUGUCGCUGCUGACCGGCAGAUCGACGGUGGCUGGGAAAAGAUGACACGACGCCAAGACGCCAAUGCUCUCAACCGAUUCAACGCAGCGCAAUAAGACGUUAUAUUUGUUUGUUACUUAAGAUUGUUGGAAUAUAUAUUUAUUACUGCAAGUAGUAUUGAUCGACUAGCGG